UCUGAAUAUGGACUCACGGAGGAUCAAGUGGCCGAAUUCAAGGAGGCGUUCAUGCUGUUCGACAAGGACGAGGACGGCACCAUCACGAUGGCGGAGCUCGGCGUGGUCAUGCGAUCUCUGGGGCAAAGGCCGUCCGAAACGGAAUUGCGAGAUAUGGUGAACGAGGUGGAUCAGGAUGGCAAUGGUACGAUCGAGUUCAACGAGUUCUUGCAAAUGAUGUCGAAAAAGAUGAAAGGUGCCGAUGGAGAGGACGAGUUGCGCGAAGCGUUCAGAGUAUUCGACAAGAACAACGACGGCCUGAUCUCGUCGAAGGAGUUGCGACACGUGAUGACGAACCUUGGGGAGAAAUUGUCGGAGGAGGAAGUGGACGAUAUGAUCAAGGAGGCGGAUUUGGAUGGCGAUGGAAUGGUGAAUUAUGAAGAAUUCGUGACAAUCCUGACGUCGAAGAAUUAGUUGAGUGGCCACGGGUCGAACUGUAGAAGCUAUCCAGCUGCCGGAAGUCUUCGUCGAAGAACAGAGAUCGAAUCCCCAAAUCGAGUUCCUCCCCAAAAAAUCGUGGCAAGAUGGGAACCCCAGCAUCGAGAAACAUCGAUGAAAAAGGUCGCGAGAGAAUGUGUGGAAUUUGGAGAAGAAAAUUGGAAAAAUGGAAAAGCGCUACGCCCAAGAGGAUGUACGUUCGACCGAUAACGGCUUAUGGCUCGCGUAGUAAGGGUAAGUGGUGUCGAAAGACUGGUAGUUGUCUAGUCCGAGAUCGCGUAUCUCGAGCGAUGGGGUGACGGGCGACGAUGAGAGGUGAAAGCAAGAUGAAAAAGAGAAAGACGAAAGAUGAAAGAUAGGCGAGGGUGACUUCCGCAGUUGCACACGCAUACACGCAUACACACCUCGCUCCUUCGAAUUAAUU